AUGAAAGGUGCAGCAAAAGAUUUGGCAAAUGGAAUAAGCAAGGCAGUGAUAUCAGCCUCAAAGAAGCACAGCAAUGGAAGGGUUUGUUCAUGGAGUCCACAUGUGGAACAAACGCUACACAAUCUGGGUUGGCGACACAUGCUAACACCAUCAUUGGUGGCCACUGUCAUCGACCCUUUGCUCCUCACACACCCUUCACUCGCUUUGGGAUUCUUCAAUUGGGCCUCUCAGCAACCUGGCUUCACCCACAACCCCAUCACCUACAAUUCCAUCCUCAAAUCUCUCUCACGUACCCGUCACUUCAAUGCUAUUGAUUCCCUUCUCAAAGAGGCCAAAGCUCUCAACUUUCCCAUCCACCCUUCGGUUUUGGGCUCUAUAAUAGCUUCCCACAUUGCCGGGAACAACACCCAGAAAGCGUUUUCUGUGUUCAGUGGCAUUUCUCCUCUUUGCACGCAAAUUGGGAGCCCCACGUGUAACUCGCUAUUGGCGGCUCUUGCCUCUGAUGGGUACUUGGAUAGUGCGCACAAGGUGUUUGGGGAAAUGACUGUGAGAGGUGUGCCUUUGAGUACGCUCGGUUUUGGGGUGUUCGUUUGGUGGGUUUGUAGAGAGGGUGAUUUGGUGAAAGUGUUGAGUGUGUUGGAUGGGGUUAGGGAAUGUGGGUCCGAGAUUAAUGGUUCUGUUAUGGCGGUUUUGAUUGUUCAUGGGUUGUGUUGUGCUUCCAGGGUGUCAGAGGCUUUGUGGAUGUUGGGUGAACUGAGGAAUAGGGGUUGGAAACCUGACUUCAUGGCUUACAGGAUUGUUGCAGUGGCGUUUCGGUCAAUGGGAAAUGUGGCUGAUGAGGUGAAGGUUUUGAAAAUGAAGAGGAAGUUAGGGGUGGCUCCAAGAAGUAGUGAUUAUAGGGACUUGAUACUUGCCUUGAUUUCGGAGAGGCGGAUUUGUGAGGCAAAAGAACUUGGGGAGGUUAUAGUUGGCGGUGAUUUUCCUGUUGAGGAUGAUGUUCUCAAUGUGUUGAUAGGAUCAGUAUCAACUAUUGAUCCUGGAGCAGCAAUUGUGUUUUUCAAUUUCAUGGUUGAGAAAGAGAGGUUCCCAACUAUGUUGACUGUAAGCAAUUUGAGUAGGAAUAUGUGUAGGCAUGGAAAGGUUGAUGACUUAUUGGAGGUAUUCCAUGUUUUGAAUUCCCAUGAUUACUUCAAAGAUGUGGAGGGUUACAAUGUGAUGGUAUCAUUCUUGUGCAAGGGUGGGAGAGUAAAAGAAGGCUAUGCUGUUCUUCAGGAGAUGAAGAAGAAAGGGUUCAGCCCCAACGUCUCGUCUUAUAAUUGUGUGAUGGAAGCGUGUUGUAAGGAGGAUCUACUGCGUCCUGCAAGGAAGCUUUGGGAUGAGAUGUUUUCAAGUGGCUGCUGUGGGAACUUACAAACAUACAACAUUCUUAUACAGAAAUUUUCUGAAGUGGGACAAACUGAAGAGGCUCAAAUGCUCUUUAACCACAUGAUGGACAAGGGGGUUGCACCUGAUGUUACAAGUUACACUUUUCUCUUAGAAGGGCUCUGCCAAGAAGACAAGCUUGAAGCAGCUUUUGAGCUCUACAAUAAAUCGAUCAAACAAGACGUUAUCCUUGCAAGAGACAUAUUGAACUCGUUUAUAUUAUCACUCUGCAGGAAAGGACAUCUCAUGGCUGCUUCCAAGUUACUUUGCAGUCUCAAUCAUGAUAUGGGACAUGCACAAUCCCAUUUAACUUUGUUAAAAUAUUUGGCAGAUGCCAAAGAGAUUCCAAUUGCCAUUGAGCAUUUGACAUGGGUUCAGGAAAGGUCACCUUCGAUGGUACAAGAUAUAUGCGCUGGACUUUUAGCUUCUCUUUCUUCUGCAACAUGCCCGGAGCCAAUUUUACAGUUUCUUCAAAGAAUACCACAUAUGUUUGAUUUCCCAGGUAAGAGUACUUUGAAGGAUAUAUGCCACUGAUGAUUAAGGUGUGAGAAGGCUAUCGGAUUUGAGUACAGUUGGAUCAGUGCCCGUGCAACUAAGGGUAUAAAUGGUUAGGUGGUCUAUCGGGGCCCGUAUAUACCAUCCCCCACUUGGCCUAUUAUAUCUAGUAAAAUAAAAUAAGUUCAAACUUUAGGAA